ACACAGUGGGUCAAAGUUGAAUCGCCCCAGCUGUUUGUACACACUCAGCACACAGGGGAUCCCAAGGCCUCUCGAAAUGGCGUGUUCACAAAACAUGCCCUGCUGUAUUCCGGUCCGGUAUGCUUUGGCUGUCCUUCUUAUGGGAGUUAUAAUCCAUUUCUUCACCCUGCGUUCGAACUUCAGUAUUAUUGUGGUAGCUAUGGUGGAGCAUGCUCCGCAUAAUAAAGGCAACACUUCCAUGGAGGGCGAGUGUUUUGUAAACACGAGUCAAGAUAAAUUGAUGGACUUCAAUCUGCACAAUGAAACGGGGAUGUUUUGGCCUGCGAACAACACAGAGCAUAACAAGCAGGACAAGUUUUCCUGGGACCCCAUUACGCAGGGCCGUAUCAUAGGUGCUUACGCGUACGGUCACGUGUUCAGUCAGGUUCCUGGAGGGUUCCUGGAGGCCAGGUUUGGCGGGAAGAGGGUUGUCGGUGUGAGCAUGCUGCUGGCCUCCGCUCUGACACUGCUGACGCCCACGGCGGCUUUUGCCGGAGAAUGGUGGCUGUUUGUUGUCCGGGUUGUUGUCGGCGUUGUGCAGGGAGUUAUUUACCCAAGUACGUUUGGCAUCCUGUCUAAAUGGGCCCCGCCAUCGGAAAGAGGUCGUCUUCUUACAAUCGUCUGUGUCGGUGAGACCUUUGGCGUCUUUGUGGGUUUUUCAUUGACAGCCCAUCUCAUUACACAGUUUGGUUGGGCAGUCACCCUGUACAUUACGGGUGUAUCUGGCCUGGCGUUCUGUUGCAUCUGGUUUCUCCUGGCUUAUGACUCACCCGCCGUUCAUCCCAGAAUAAGUGAUGCCGAGAGGAAAUACAUCGAGUCUAAUUUAGAGAGAACGAAAAAGGGGAGGAAAAUCCCGUGGUUGAAACUGUUCACAUCGCCACACCUGUGGGUGCUGAUCUAUAUUCAUUGUACGGAUGGAUGGGGAUUUUUCAUGAUGCUUACCUGUCUACCUCUAUACAUGGGCACAAUACUCAACUUCAACAUCGAUACGAAUGGAGCUCUGUCUACCAUGCCCUAUCUAACUCUCAUGGCGUCAAGAAUCCUGUCUAGUCUCAUCGUGGAUCCUGUUAUCAAGAGGUCAAGUUUUAAAAAGGUCAACAUAAGAAAGACAUGCAUAUUAGCUUUGACUGGUGUUGCUGCCUGCCUUGUUGCUGUCGGUCACGUGAGGUGUGAUUCCACAGCGGCUAUCGCCAUCUUGUGUCUAGCCACCAUCAUGCAAGGCGUACUGAUCCCGGGGUUCUAUCCGGUCUUCACAGAACUCACGCUGGGCUUCUCUGGCGUGGCUUUUGGCAUCAGUAAUGCCGUGGCAAACUGUGCUGGAUUCAUCGUGCCACUUAUGGUGGGGAUUCUCACAGACGAGAACCAAACAGUAGAAGCCUGGCAGAAAGUUUUCUACAUCGGAGCCGCCAUUUCCGUUUCCGGAUCCGUCAUGGCUUUGGCGUUCCUCCGGACUGAUCCGGUUUCCUGGGCACAGGACCCGGAUGAAGACAAACUGGCCCAGCCAAUAGGAGACAAGUUGAUCAGUGACGUCAAUGAUGACGAAAGAGACAAUUGGGCAAUACUCGUCUACGAGACAACAGUGUAAUAGAUAUUACAUUUGUUCUCAUUGGUGCGUUUUUUUUUAAAUAUUACUGCCCUAUUUACAUCUCAGCGAAUCAGAGCUCAGACAUUUUCGUACACUUUUUUUGGUGUACGAACAAUAAUUGAACAUUAUGAGGAAUUUUAACACAUCAUCUUGAGCUACGAUUCACUGAAAUGAAAAUGUUUUGAUACAAUUGUUUCUAUGAAACUCUUGAUAUCUAGUUUAUGAAAAAUCACAUUCAUGUGAGUUUGAUUUUAGAAACUCAAAACAAAAUUCAAUCACAGUCAAUCAAUAUGCACCGCGCAGUAAUAUUACUGGCAUCUGUUUAACAGUUCAACGUUUUAUAUUAAAACGAAAUAAAAUCAUAAUGCUUUGCAUUUAGCCUUAAGCAACACAGACAAGUUUACUCGUAGACGUACAUGCAAAGUCUUUAUUACAAUUAAGACCAUAACUUUAACUGUUGACGUCCUGAGUAUCAUGGUAUAC